GUUUCCCUGGAUCUGUCUUGGUUUUUAUUUUAUUUCGCAUAAUGCUGAAUUUUGAUUUGCCGACAGUGCCAAAGCAUCCACUGCGCUAGUCGGCGAAAAGGGCGUCACAGGGACGUGGUUGAAUCUAUGCAUUGGAUCGACCAUGAACAAAGGCGAUGGUCAUUUCCAGAGACGUAAAAGGCAUCGUGAAUAUAUUCCUGACGAACGUUACGACGUUAGUGGACGUCUAGUAAAGAAUGAAGCCGCCAUCAAGAAAAAGCUUUGGAAUCUGAAGGAAAUUUUAGCCGAUCCUGUCAAACGAGAAAAGUCCUUGAAAGAAGCACAGCAAUUUUUGAAAGAGCAGAAACAAAAGAAAGUAGCGGAUUUGGACAUGGAUCGUCCUUGGAGUCAGGAAGCCGACGAUCUCUUCUUCUCGAAACGAAAGCAAGGCUUGGCCGCUUGGGUGAUUCCCGGAAGGUCACCUAUUUACUACGAAUUCGAAACCUUCUUUACCAAGCUAAAGCAGAGUAUUCAAGCCGAUGACGCCUCGUCUUCCCGACCAACCCGUUCGCCCAUGUCUAUCCAACGCGAAGGCGAAUUGUUACGCCAUGCACUCAUCUUGUUCCAGGAUUUCCAACGUCGAAAAACGACCUCACUGAAAGAGAAACUGGAAAAAAAUCGUGCAGCUUUGCCCAUCACUCCUUUUGCGAAUGCUAUCGUGCAGACUUUACGACAACAUCGAGUGCUAUUGAUUGCCGGUGAUACGGGCUGCGGCAAAAGUACACAAGUGCCCCAAAUUUUGCUCAAAGCCGGUUUUCGAAAAAUCGCCUGUACCCAACCACGACGCAUUGCAUGUUCCUCCCUUGCUAAACGUGUCAGCUAUGAGACGCUCAACGAAUAUGGUUCGGAAAUUGCAUAUCAAGUGCGUUUUGAAGGCACUAAAACCAACCGUACACGCAUUCUCUUUUUGACCGAGGGGCUACUUUUGCGUCAAUACACAAGUGAUGAUACAUUAUCUAUGUAUGAUGUGAUUGUCGUGGACGAAGUACACGAGCGUCAUAUGAUGGGUGACUUCUUGUUGGCAUUGCUGAAACGACUGAUCAAAUCGCGUCCGAAUAUCUAUAUUGUGCUUAUGAGUGCCACUAUCAACGCUGAGCUCUUUGCACGCUAUUUUGAUGCACCUACCCUUGUUGUUCCCGGAAAAAUGUACCAUGUGAAAAUCAACUACUGGCCUUCGCGACAUGAAGACAAACGUCUGAUUGAUGACGCCGCUUAUCAACGUCGUCAAGAGGCAGCUGUCAAAGAAUCUAUUCCCAGCAAAUCCGAACGUAUCGAUGCAGGCCCCUUCCUCAAAGUGCUAGAGUAUAUCGAUCAAUCGGUGCCUGUCACCGAACGAGGCGAUUUACUGAUAUUCAUGUCCGGCAUCAACGAGAUAUCGGAUCUGGCGGAAGAGCUUAAACAAUAUGCAAAUCACAACAAGAAAUGGAUUAUUUUGAUGCUUCAUUCGUCGCUCUCGGUGGAUGAUCAGGAAAAGGUCUUCGAUAUGCCUCCAGAAGGUGUACGCAAAUGUAUUAUUAGCUCAAAUAUUGCUGAGACGAGUAUUACAAUUGAUGGCAUUCGGUUUAUUAUUGAUUCUGGCAAAGUCAAAGAGUUGAGUCAUGAUGCCAUGUCCAACAUGAGCAAGUUGUCGGAAUUUUGGAUUUCCAAAGCAAGUGCCACCCAGCGAACUGGUCGUGCUGGACGUACGGGUCCUGGUGAAUGCUUUCGAUUUUACAGCGAAAACGAAUUCAAUCAUUUGAAUGAUUUCGCCGUUCCGGAAAUCCAACGAGCUCCGCUGGAACCACUGUUACUUCAGAUCUUGGCAAUGAAUCUCGGCGAUCCACAUCAAUUUGACUAUAUCGAGGCUCCCUCGGAAGAUGCCUUGAAUGGUUCUAUGGAUUUUCUGCAAAAUAUUGGAGCCGUGAGUGCCGCAGGCAAUAUCACGACCUUGGGCUCGGUGCUGGCCGAUCUUCCAGUAGAUGCGAUUAUCGGCAAAAUGCUGAUCAUGGCCACCAUAUUUAAUGUGAUUGAUCCGGUCAUCACCAUAGCGGCCGGUAUGAGUGUUCAAUCACCAUUUACCCGCAUAGCACCGAAUUCCAACCCUCGAAUUCUGGAAAAUCGAAGGACCUUGUACUCUCACCAUGGCGAUCCCUUCACGUUGUUGAAUCUAUGGCAAGCUUGGCUUACUGCAAAAGAGGAUCGAAAGCAUUCAUCGCGAUCAUGGUGUCGUACGCAUGGUGUGGAGGAACAACGCAUGUACGAGAUUGCGAAAAUUCGUCGCCAAUUUGAAAAGGUUUUGAAUGAUUUUCAGCCGGGACUUUUGGAAUCUCUGAAAAACAAAGCAGAAGGCUCCGAUGAUAGCGAAGAAGAAGCCGAUCGCUUGAAGCGACAGCAGACCCGGGAACUGCUCCGUAGAGAGCGGUAUGGGCAACGCAGUAGUAAAAAACGACGUGUGUUGGAAUUCGAGUAUGAAGGGCAGGAGGAUUGGCAAAUGGAGCGAGAAGAUAAGACGGAUAUCCGAGAUUUGGAAUUCUCUUUGGCCAACAAUAUCAAGCGACUGAAAUCAAGGACAACCGAGCUGUCGGCCCGCGAUAUUGAGCUUGUCAAGCUCAUUUUAUGCUCGGCAUUAUAUCCACAACUGGCCGUCGGUGAUGAACAUAAUCCGUAUCGCAAAAGUAACGAAAUCCUCUUUCACACUCCAGUGAAAAACUUUUUAUCGCUUCAUCCAACCAGCGUACUUGCUGCAUGUCCUAAUUUGGUUCAAGGCGUCGGCGAGAAUAUGCGAAAAGAUGAUAUUGAUGUAGAGCAGGCCAUGUAUCAUCAACUGUUAUGCUAUUUGCAAUUACUGGAGACAACAAAGCCAUUCAUGCUUAAUAUCACCCGUGUUCCAGGCAUUCAUGUUCUGUUAUUGUUUGCUCGACACAUUGAUACCAACGCCGAUUGCAGUGUGCUGAUCAUCGAUUCGUACUAUAUGGUGAAAUUCCGUACCGUCCAGGUCGCCAACUAUGUGCUGUGGCUUGCACACAAGCUACGCAGCAGGUGGCAUGAUCUUCUCAAUCGCAAACUAACGCGCGGCACUGGCCAGCUGGCUCAUGAAUUCUCAGAAAAUGAAAUCAUUUCUCCAUCCAUACGUGCGGAUUUGCCGCCGGCACUGCAAGACAUAUUGUCCUAUGAAGAGGAACGAGCACAUACUAAGGCCAAGCACGAUAUGUGGACGCCUGCAGUUGAGGCGGCCUAUCAAGCGGAUGUCGCGUCCCUGACAAGGAGUCUGGUGGAUUUCAUGGAAACAGCCAUAUCGGCCGAGUUUCGUAUGGCGAAAUCAUCGGAACUACUGAAAUUGUAUCCAAAAUAUAAGGCUCCUCCUUCCGAAGAACAACACUUACCGAGAACUUGGAAUGCGGCAGAUGUGGUGCGUACGGGGAUUCAAGUUACGACGACGAUCUGCUACAACGCCCUGGAUGCUCCAUCGUGUGCGUUCAGUACUCCCGAGCAAAUGGAACAGUUGCCAGCCGGGGUGAAAAUGUACUGGCACUGCAACAAUUGUGAUUCGACAUUUUCCAUGACACGUAACGACAUACUAAAGCAUCUAAGUGAAUGUGGACAAUAAAAAAAAAGGGAAUCUUGUAAAAUAUAAAACGGGAUAUAUUGGCUGAUUUUA